AUGCUAGCCUCUUCUUCUCUCUGUUGUCGGCGCUCCGGAGUACGUGUUCCGCUGGACCCAGCAGCUCCCUGGCUCUCCUCGGAACAGCCUCGUUGUCGUUACCUCUCCAAUGGGGGACGUGGUUGGUGCCGCUCCCACUGCUCUGACCUGCCCGUGCUGCUGCCCUGUGGGUUACCUCGGUGGGAGACGAGCAACGUCAUCAAGUGUAACCUCAAGCUGGGCACAGGGAAAUCCUUCCUCGCGCCAAGCUGUCAGAAGUACCUCCUGUGUCUGCUGGGACAGGAUAGCCCAGCGGCGCAACGUGUGCCCGCUUCAAACGUGGACCACAACUCCAGCAAGGUGAGCACGCAGGAUUGGACCAAGGGAUUCAAGAUGGCUGCCUGUUCACUGAAGCGAGUUAGCCCUUAG